CCGCCCCGGCCCCGCCCCCCGGGCCCGCCGCCGUCGCCGCCAUCUUGACGGCGGAGAGUUCGGCUGUGGCAUCGCCGAGCGGCCUGGCCCUCCGGAAGUGCCCAGGCCCCGGGAAGAGCCCUGCUGCGCCCACCCCGUGCUCCAGACAUGGCCAGUGUGCUCUGUAACAGAGCCAGACUGGUUUCCUAUCUCCCAGGAUUUUGCUCUUUAGUUAGGAGGGUUGUCAGUCCUAAAGCUUUUUCAACUGCUGGAUCUUCAUCCGGGUCUGAUGAAUCUCAUGUGGCCACUGCUCCCCCAGAUAUUUGCUCUCGAACAAUCUGGCCUGAUGAAACUAUGGGACCAUUUGGACCUCAGGAUCAGAGAUUUCAGCUUCCUGGGAACAUAGGCUUUGAUUGUCACCUCAAUGGGACCUCAUCACAGAAGAAAAGCCAGGCUCCCAAAACUUUACCUGAUGUUCUAGCAGAACCUUUAUCAACUGAAAGACAUGAGUUUGUGAUGGCACAGUAUGUGAAUGAGUUUCAGGGUAAUGAUACGCCUGUUGAACAAGAAGUUAACAGUGCGGAAACCUAUUUUGAAAGUGCCAAGGUAGAGUGUGCAAUCCAAGCAUGUCCAGAAUUGCUGCGGAAAGACUUUGAAUCACUCUUUCCUGAAGCAGCCACCAACAAACUUAUGAUUCUGACUGUAACACAGAAAACUAAGAAUGAUAUGACUGUUUGGAGUGAGGAAGUAGAAAAUGAAAGGGAGCUGCUCUUAGAGAAGUUCAUCAAUGGUGCUAAGGAAAUAUGCUAUGCUCUUCGAGCUGAAGGAUAUUGGGCUGACUUUAUUGAUCCAUCAUCUGGUUUGACAUUUUUUGGACCUUAUACGAACAACACUCUUUUUGAAACAGAUGAACGCUACCGACAUUUAGGAUUCUUUGUUGAUGAUCUUGGCUGCUGUAAAGUGAUUCGUCAUAGUCUCUGGGGUACCCAUGUGUUUGUAGGAAGUAUCUUCACUAAUGCAACACCAGACAGCCAUAUUAUGAAGAAAUUAAGUGGAAACUAGUAGUAAUGGCAAGUUAUUUGCUGUGCUAUUUCUACAUAACACUUGGGUUGCUCUUUAAACACUUGUCAAAGGCUUCAGUUUUUAAAUUUUAGUUAUCUCAAGGUAUUUAUUUCAACAUUUAUGAUUUUACAGCUUUGGCAGUCGGUUUGUGAUCAUUUAAAUCUCAAAUGGUCAUUCAUAUUAUCAUUGAAUACCUGUUGAGCAUACACAUUGUACAGAAUAUGGCAAUUAACACGCAACCAGGAUAUUCCCCCUUUUAUUGGAAAAGCCUCAUUUUAAUUAUUUUUCUCUAAAAAUAAAUCACACAUUUGGCUAUGGUACAUUUUUUGUUGCUGUUUUUUUUUUAAAUAUAUAUUUCAAGUAUUCCUAAAAAAUUGUAGUAUUAGUCUUCUAAUUUUUUUAAUAAAUGCAAUUGAGAAUUCUAAAUUCAUUGUAGUUAACUCUUCCUAAUUUUCUUUCUGCUAAAUAUUUUUGGUGCCAGCCUGAGUAUUACUUUGAAAUAAUGUAUAGGCAGCAAGGAGGAUAAGGAUAUACUACCACAUCUUUAUGUAUAAAAUGUAGUGUUGGUUUCGUGUACUAAAAAAGUUCUUAACUCCUGCUUGAGACAGAUAAUUGUACUAUUUCAUACAAAACUAUACCUAAGCUGUUAAAUUUUAUUUCUUCAGUUUUAGCAGUAGAUGGAAACUGUUAUGCUUAUAAAAAUGCCUCUCUUUUAUUGGCAGAGUUUGUUUAUACAUUCUUGUUAACUUUAAAAGAACCAUCUUCAGUUUGUGAGGCUCUUGCCAUAUUGGAAUAUACACAGAUCUCAGGAUAACAAUUUCUAUCAGACUAAUUAAAUGAAUUGAAAUUGA